AUGCGGAUCCCUAUCGCGGUGCAGCUGGCGCUGCUCGUCCUCAUCACGACGCUGACGGGAAUCGCCAUCCUCGCGAUUGCAACAUGGUUCACCACCUAUAAUUUUGUGGUGGAUGUUGGGUCGCAGAGCCUUGAGCUCGUUGCAUCCAUCAAGGCCAGUCAGAUCGCGUCAACCCUCGAAGUGUUUGAGGUGACUUGCAAGACCAUCUCCACUCGAAUCUUGAUCCAGUCGGCCCUCAAGCGAUACUAUGCCGGCAAUACCUCCACCAGCAACUGGGCCAAUUCCGUCCUGGAUUUCGAGUCGGCACUGGGGAGCCGAGGAUACCUCAGCAUGUACCAGGCGCUGCUAUACUCCCGGAGUGGAGAUGGAGACUCGCGAUUGCUCAAUGUCACCAGUGACGCGCUCCCGGAGAUCACCCUGCCAUACACCGACGCCCACGGGAGUGCCGUGAUGCUGGGAGAUGAUGUCUUUCCUCCAAUGCUCUACCCCAAUUUAACUUAUACGCAGUCCGCGAACGGGACGUCCUCGUGGACCGUACACGCUUUUCCGAACUAUGCGCUUGGUUUGACGACGCCGUUGAUGCUUGGGCCGCUUUGGAUCAACAACUCAUUCUCAUUGGUAUCGUUAACUGUGCCCAUUGUGAACAACACUUCGGAUACCGACCUGCUAGGCUUCAUGACGAUACUGGCAAGUGCUGCCAACAUACAAGACGUGGUCUCAUCUCGCGAUGGAUUGGGAAACACUGGCCAGGUACUGUUGCUCGGCCCGUCGCGUCCUGAGAACGUGUUUGCUGCAGAUGCCCAGCCUGCCACGGCCACUUCGGCCGCCGACUCGGCAGCUUUGUCGGAUGCGCAGGUGCAUUAUGUCUUUGAACCAACACCACUACCCGGCCAGGCAAGCCGACAUAAUCGGAUGACAACCAGCACCCCGUUCGCGCUGUCGAAAUACGAGAUGGCAUUGGACAUCAUGCUGGAGCCAUACGGUCGUCAGAACAAGUCCAUUAGUCGGCUGUCGACAACCAAUGAGGAAGGCGCCCAGGUGGCAGUGGGCGUCAUUCGUCCUCAAACCACACUGGCGCAGUGGAUCUUGGUCGUGGAGGAGACCCAUGCAGAGGCAUUCGGUCCCGUACUGCGCCUCCGAAAGAUCAUUUUGGCAUGUGUGUUUGGCACAGCGGGCGCGAUCCUUCUGCUCGUGCCGUUGCUCACCCACUGGGCCGUGGCUCCGAUUCGGAGACUGCGAGAAGCUGCACGGAAAUCGGUCGUGCCACACGUGCAAAGCCCACCAUCUUCGCAACCAGCACCCAAGGGAACCAACACGCUCGAGGAUGUCAUUGGAGCGAUGGAGGAGCAGCCGAACGAAAAGAGCAGUUCCGGCGCAUGGGUGACACAUAUCCGGCGACCGCUGGAACGAUUCAACAGCGCAGGCAACGUGCUCAGCGGCAAUACCCAUCGGCCCUUUCAGAUCCCGGCACGCGUGAAAGAACGGAGGCACUGCGUGAACGAUGAGUUGACAGAGCUGACCAGCACCUUCAAUGAGAUGUCCGAUGAAUUGACCAUCCAGUACAAUCGUCUGGAAGAGCGAGUGGCCGAGCGAACCCGCGAACUGGAAAAGGCCAAGCUGGCCGCCGAAACGGCCAAUGAGAGCAAGACGUUGUUCAUUGCCAACAUCUCCCACGAGCUGAAGACACCGCUGAACGGCAUCCUGGGAAUGUGUGCAGUCUGCAUGGGUGAGGACGACCUCUCUCGGGUCAAAAAGUCGCUCCAGGUGGUCUACCAGUCGGGCGACUUGCUUCUCCACCUGUUGAAUGAUCUGUUGACGUUCAGCAAAAAUCAAAUCGAGCAAGCCAUCCAGCUGGAGGAGAAGGAGUUCCGAAUCUCCGACAUCCGAUCCCAGUUGACCACCAUCUUCCAAAACCAGGUCCACGAGAAGCGAAUCAAUUUCAGCGUGGACUGCUUUGCGGGAGACGAAAUUCAAACCGGCCCCCGGAGUCGCAUGUGUAUCGAUCAGGAUCAUGGUCAGCCGCGGUCGAGUUUGGAUGCCGCACCUGGGAAGCUCAUGGACAUGGUUCUGUGGGGGGACCAGCAUCGGAUCCUGCAGGUCUUGAUCAAUUUGGUGAGCAACAGCCUCAAAUUUACUCCCGAAAAGGGAACCGUGGAGGUGCGGAUUCGCUGUCUGGGUGAGACCACCGGCCUCGGGGACGUCGAGGCUCCCACGGAAGCUCGAACGGGGAAUCCACAGCUGCUCGUUGAUGCGUCCCCAAUUCGAAGAAGCGUGCCUGAAACGGCGAACGAAGACCAGUCCGCGGUCGCUCACCUUCCCCAGCUGGUCUUCCAAUUCGAAGUUGAGGACAAUGGGCCGGGCAUUCCAGCACAUCUUCAGCGGCGCGUCUUUGACCCAUUCGUGCAGGGCGACUUGGGUUUGAACCGGAAGUAUGGAGGCACAGGACUGGGACUGAGUAUCUGCGCCCAACUGUCCCGCAUCAUGGGCGGCUUGAUUCUUCUGGACAGCCAGGAAGGGCGAGGAUCAAAGUUCACCUUACGAAUUCCGCUCAGAUUCGUCAAGGAGCUCGCCCCAAGUACCCUGGCGCCCAGUACGCCCGGGUCGCGAACGCCUAGUGUGCUCUCCUUGGAAGAGUUCGCAAACGCCGCGCGAACUCCUUCCAACCACAGCUCUGUGCGAAACGAGCCAGUCGCGCCAGGAUUUGAAAAGUCAGAGAUCCAGCCUCGACUUGUGGGCCUCAGCCAGCCCUUUUUCACCCCCAGUGUUCCCUCCUCCAAACCAUCCACUCCCACCAAGAACCACCGCACAAACCACGGCUCCAUGGAACAAGAAGAUGGUGCCAAGAAGAUCCGUGUUUUGGUCGCGGAGGACAAUACCGUGAAUCAGGAGGUUGUGAGGCGGAUGCUGGCCCUUGAAGAGGUUUACGACGUGACCAUGGUCAAAGACGGGCAAGAGGCGUUUGAUACAGUCAAAGCCAACAUGGAAAAAGGCACCGUGUUCGAUCUGAUCUUCAUGGAUAUCCAGAUGCCGAACCUGGACGGUAUCCAAAGCACGCGACUCAUUCGCGAGAUAGGGUACUCGGCCCCCAUCGUUGCACUGAGUGCCUUUGCCGAAGAAAGUAACAUCAAGGACUGCAUGGAUUGUGGGAUGGACAUGUUCAUGAGCAAACCGAUUCGGCGGCCAGUUUUGAAGCAAGUCCUUCACAAAUUUGCCACCAUUCCCGAGGAAUCCGAGACCAGCGCAUCUCGUUGA